GGCGGCUGUGGCAGGUGCUCCUUAUCAGCCUAAUAAGAAGUCUCUCCAGUCGAUUUGCCCACACUUGAGUAGAUUUUAGAUGGAUAGUUUCACUCUUAAGUAAUAUUUAAGAAAGAAAAGAUGUUUUUGCUCUAGUACACAAAUACCCUGGUCCGUUAGAUGCCCUUGCCGAUUUACUGCUGCUGCAAAACACGAGAGGCUCCAGUAUGGCAUUUGGUUCGAUAAGGGAGCGUUUUUACGCGUUUGAAGCAAUGUUCAGCUAUGAGAAGCGUCUACAGUCUUUCGAGGAUUGGCCUUUCCGAGAGGAUUGUUUGUGCACACCUGAACAGAUGGCCAAGAUGGGUUUUGUCCACUGCCCGAGUGAAAACUCCCCUGACACUGCCUGCUGCUUUAUCUGCCUCAAGGAACUGGAGGGUUGGGAGCCUCAGGACGACCCCCGGCAAGAGCACAGCAAGCGUACCCCUAACUGCCCCGUCCUGUUACUGGAAAAGAAGUGGGAUGAGCUGACCGUUGGCGACUAUCUAAACCUCAACCACCAGCGUUUCCGCUUCUUCAUCACAAAGUGGAGUGAUAUGAAGAUGGAUGAGUUUCGUGAGAAGACUGAAGAGACCUUGUCUUACAUCAAGAAUUUGUAAAAUAGUUAAAAAUAAAGAAUAAUUUUAAUAUUUUGGA